GGAAAACCGUGAUGGAAGUGUUUAUUAUGGACUCACAAGCUCGUGCUUUUUGUUGUGUGCUGCCAUUGGUUUAAGGCUUAAGUUAACAGAGAGCAGAGAGAGAGAGAGAAAGAUGCGAGUUGGAUUCGUGGGUCCAAGCAUGUCCAAUCCUCUUCCUUUUUCUUCCUAUUUAUAAACGCAUUCCCUCUUCUUAUUCUUCUUCACCUCUCUCAAUUCCCACGUGCCCUCUCCUUCUUCUUCUUCUUCUUCUUCUUCAUGACAUCUUCCCCUCCCCUGUUUUGCUCCAUUUAUAAUGUCCCAUUUCAAAUCCAGUGACUGCUCCAACUUUUCUCUCACCCAAACUGAACAACAUAUGGAUGAGGAUAAACAGAUUGAUCACAAUGAUCUCGAAUCGAGUUUUCGCCGCCGACAAGGCAAGCCGGAGCAGGAUGAGACCUCUGUUUCGCCUCGGCCUUUUAAGAAGAUCCGUGACCCUGAAAACCAUGACCCAAUUCACCCAUUGGAUUCUACUUCGCAGCAGUCGUUUCCUUUCUUGAAUCCAGCCUCCUCUGUUUCUCAUGCUUCCCCUUCUUCUGCAAGAGCUUUAUUGCCUUUUGCUCUGGAAACUCCCCAAUUUUCUCAUCAAUUCAAAACAGAGCCUGUGGCGCCUAUGCCUCAUCGCCCAUCUCUUCUUCCAACGCAUAAUCAGCAACAAUUGGCGCCACCUGCUUCGACACAAUAUGGAUUCGGCUACCCGCCAUACUUCAUGGGAGAGUUCGCGUCGUUUCAGCAGCAUCAGCAGCAGCAACAUCAGCAAUUUCUUCAGUAUUGGAAUGAUUCUCUUGAUUCAAACUCAAAGGGAGGGUUUAGGCCUCAAGUGCGGCCUUUAAACACCACGAAGCUGUACAGAGGAGUGAGGCAGAGACAUUGGGGGAAAUGGGUAGCGGAGAUUCGUCUUCCUCGAAACAGGAAUCGACUAUGGCUUGGCACGUUCGACACUGCAGAAGACGCUGCCUUGGCCUACGAUCGUGAGGCUUUCAAAUUGAGAGGAGAGAAUGCAAGGCUUAAUUUUCCUGAACUAUUUCUGAAUAAAGAUAAAGAAGAAGCCUCACAGACUUCUGGUGAAGAGCUGCCUCCUCAAAAGGAACUAAACAAUAACAACAAUCUCGACAAUGACUUCGAGUUAGAGCCGAAUAACGAGACCGUGGCAGAGGAUAAUAUACACGAAGACGAAGCAGAGGAUGCAGGGGAGGGUGUCUCAAAGUCACAGGAGAUGGUUUGGAGAGAAAUGGCAGAGGCUUGGCUCAAUGUGAUGCCAGCCGGUUGGGGCCCUGGUAGCCCUGUGUGGGACGAUUUGGACACCACCAAUAACCUCCUCCUGCAGCCACAUCUUCCUUUUGCUAACCCCAUUCAUCAAGAAUCAUUUACCUCUGAUCUUCAGAUGCAGCAAUUCAACUUAACUGCAACUUCCCCUUCUUCAUCCUGCUCCAUGAAGCCAUUCUUUCUCAAGGAUGAAGAUUAAACAUUUAAAGCUUCAUUCUUACGUAAAUUCAGUAGUCCACUUAGCACUGAUAUUUACCAGUCUUGUGGGGAUGCCAUCAAAUCAAAUCUAGGCAGUGCACCCGUGGGCCUUUUCUAUUGUUAGUAUCAGUCGAUCAAUAUGUCAGUAAAGGCACAAGAUUCUA